GACUUAUUUUUCUAUUUGUAAUUUGGUCUUCCUCAGAUGUGGCCAUGUUGAAACAGUUGCAAACAGAAAAGCAAAAUGCGAAAAGCUAGCGUAUAGCUAGCAUUGCACAGCACAUGAAAGUUCUAGCAGAUUUCACUGGGAAGGACCUCUAGCGAUAAUUAUGCAAGUGUCCUCUGAAUCCGUUUGGAAUGCUUGUUUUAACGAGCAGAAAUUUGAAAGUUUGUUUUGUGUUAUGCUGCUUAUAAAGCAUUGCAAACAACGGGAGGAAUGAUUGGAUUUUCCGCUUGCCUGACGUAAGUUUUGUAUCGUGUGGUAGUGUUGUGAAAGAGGAAACAAUUGAAGGAAGUACUGUCAAGCGAGGACGAACCCCGGGGAGUAAUAUGUCAAUCAAUUUACGUCAGUAUAAAGAAGAUGACAAGUUGGCUCUGUCAGAACGGUUCACAUUUGCUAGUAUUCUAAAACUGUUUUGUGGCACAAGUUUACUGUAGUGGGGGUGGCCGCCGGCCAUGACUUGAGCGCAGCAUGGUGGAGCUCGGCGUGCGCGUGGUGCGCGGCCCGGACUGGUGCUGGGGGGAGCAGGACGGCGGCGAGGGCCACGCCGGCACCGUCGUCGAGGUGGGCCGCACCGGCUCCGGCACCUCCCCGGAGGGCACUGUCGUCGUCCAGUGGGACGCGGGCAUGCGCACCAACUACCGCACCGGCUACCAGGGCGCCUACGACCUGCGCGUCGUCGACAACGCGCCUGCAGGUGUGAGGCACCCGAACAUAAAGUGCGACGCGUGCUUCAAGCACGGCAUCCGUGGGAUGCGAUGGAAGUGCGUCCAGUGCUACGACUUUGACAUCUGCACACAGUGCUAUAUGGCCGACAAGCACGACACGGACCACGCCUUCGAGAGGUUCGAGACCAACAGGUCUGUCGGGGUGGACAUGCCUCCUCGCAAGGGAGGUGUGAAGCUUCAGCUGAAGGGUAUAUUCAUCGGAGCCAAAGUGGUCAGGGGGCCGAGCUGGGACUGGGGAAAUCAGGACGGAGGAGAAGGGAAGACCGGUAGAGUGAUCGACAUUCACGGCUGGGACAACGAAUCGGGACGGUCGGUGGCGAACGUGACGUGGACGUCGGGCUCGACCAACGUGUACCGUGUCGGGCACCGCGGCAAGGUGGACCUGAAGUGUGUGCAGGAGGCGUCGGGAGGCUCCUACUACAGGGAUCACUUGCCUGUGCUCGGAGCUGUGGUAGGCAUUUGCCGUGCGAGUCCAAACGGUGGUACUGUAGUGGCCCCGAGGCGACACCUGACAUUCAAUGUCGGCGAGCGUGUCAAGGUCACGUUGGAUGUUGCCUCCCUUAAGCAGCUGCAGGAAGGCCAUGGAGGAUGGAAUCCACGCAUGGCCAAUUACAUCGGUACAGUCGGGACCGUGCACCGGGUGACGGAGCGCGGGGACAUUCGCGUGCGCUACGAGGGCUGCAACAACCGCUGGACACUGCACCCUGCGGCGCUCACCAAGGUGAACACGUUCGCCGUGGGAGACACGGUGCGCGUGAAGGAUGACUUGGCACUGGUGCGCGAGUACCAGAAGGGCCACGGGGAAUGGAGUGAGGCGAUGCGACCGGCACUGGGGAAGCUGGGGCAGGUGACGCGCGUGUACGGAGACGGGGACCUGCGAGUCUGCGUCGACAGCGAGACGUGGACUCUGAACCCGCAGUCCGUCACGCUGGUGACUGCCGUCGACAGCGAGCUCAGCAACACGAUGGGAGGCCGGAGUGCCGACAGGCAGGACCACGCCAGCCCGCUGGCGGCGCUGCUGCAGGACCUGGUGGUGGAGCAGGCGGCUGGCAGCAUCGACCGGCUGGUGAGGGAGGCCGCCCAGGGCCACGCCGACACCGUCCGAGACUUCAUCACCAGCUUCCCCGACAAGGUGGACGGCAAGAGCGGCGGCAAAACUUGCCUGCAGGUCGCGUGUCACCAGGGCCACACGGAGCUGGUGACGAUGCUACUGGACGCGGGGGCGUCACUCGUGCUGCCGGACGACGAGGGUGACACCGCGCUCCACUACGCGGCAUUUGGGAAUCAGCCCGAGAUAAUGCAGCUGCUCCUGUCGAGAGGCGCGGACAUCGACGCUGUGAACAGAGGCCACUGCACCGCGCUGCACGUAGCGGUCAACAAGCAACACGUGCAGUGUGUGUCUGAGCUGCUGAAGAAGGGCUGCAACGUCAACAUCCAGGACCUGUACGGAGACACCGCCCUGCACGACGCCAUCUGCAAGGAGAGUGCCGAGAUCACCGACAUGCUGUGCGCGGUGCCGAACAUCGACUUCACGCUGCGCAACCGCCGAGGCUUCAACGUGCUCCAGCACGCUGCCCUCAAGGGGAACAACUUUGCCACCGAGAGGCUGCUGCAGCGUGCCCGCCAAAUGGUGGACGUCAAGAAGGACGACGGCUUCGCAGCACUGCACCUGGCCUGCCUCAACGGACACCGCGCCGUCGCGGAGACUCUGCUCUCGCUGGGCCGCGCCGACGUCGGGUUGCGCAACAAUCGCAGGCAGACGGCGCUCCUGCUCGCAGUGUCGCAGGGUCACUGCUCGGUGGUGGAGCUGGUGGUGUCGACGGGGGGCGACGUCAACGCGGAGGACGAGGACGGCGACACGGGGCUGCACCUGGCACUGAUGAAGCGCGCGUCCAUCUGCACGCAGAUCCACGAGCUGGAGGCGCCCGCCAUCUACGGGAUCUACACGCAGCUGAUGCAGGCGCAGCGGGUGGAGGAGGAGAGCCCGGUGGCGCUGGCCAUCGCGUGCUACCUGGUGCAGGAGGGCUGCAGCCUGACCAAGAGGAACCACCGCGGCAAGAGCCCGCUCGACCUGGUCGCCGGCAGCCCGCACCUCGCCGACCUGCUCCAGGCGUACAACCUGCAGGGGCAGCCGCCGCCGCCGCUGCCCGUCCCGGCCGCCACUGCUGCCACCGCCAGGUGUGUCACGCUCAGUAGCAGUAGCAGCAGCAGUAGUAGCAGCAGUAGCAGCAACAGCAGCAUGGGCGAACAAGUCGCACCCCCGCCUGUCGAGUGCGCCGUCUGCUCCGAGCUCGGAGACGAGAACGUGCGGUUCGAGCCGUGCGGGCACCGCGUCACCUGCGAGGAGUGCGCCUCGCGCGUCAAGAAGUGUCUCCGCUGUGGGCAGGUGGUCAACAAGAGGAUCACCAGCGACGGGCGCACCAUCGCCUGCAAGUCACGACACCCGAGUGCCGAGAGACUGCGCUACCUCGAGUCGAAGAUUGCCGAAAUCGAAGAGACGCACUGCUGCUCCAUAUGCAUGGAGCGGCGGCGCAACGUCGCCUUCCUGUGCGGCCACGGCGCCUGCGCCCCUUGCUCGGCCACGCUGCGCACCUGCCACAUGUGCCGCAAGACCAUAACGCGCAAGAUAAACCUGUACUAGGCUGCGCGCCUCGGGACCGUGACGCGGAAAACUGGUGCUCGGCCGAGACCACGACGUGCGGCGAAAACCUGUACCGGGCCACCUGCCACGUGUGUCGUGAGACGGUAGAGUGAGAGAGAAAACGGUGCCGGCGACGUGUCACAUCGGAGAUAAACCUUUACGGGCUACCCGUCACGUAUUCCACGAGACAGUUGCAUCCUGCCAGCUUCUACCAUCAAAGGCCUGCGGGUAGAGUCUACAGUGUUCCGGCAUUGCAAGCUGCUGCAGACGGACUUACCAUGUACCCAAUAGCUAUGUGUUGUGCUAAAGUGAGAAAGAAUAUUUACGUGCCAAAUACCACAUACUUUUACAGCAGAGAUACAGCUGUGCAUCGCCAUGUUAAAUGAAGUUCUCUCCAAUUGUUAAAGCUAUAAAGCAGCUGCUUUCUCCGGUGAAAAGUCUCUCACAUGCAGUUGUUUUAACUGUAAUGAUGUACUAAAAGUAGUUAUAAAUGUUACUGCAGAUUGGCAUCAAAUGUUUUUUUGAAACAUGGAAUUUGUUACCGACAAUACAAAAUGGAUGUUGUACUUGAAUAAGUAUUAUAUAUCUCUCAUUCCGAUUCGCCAUCAAGUAAUAAAAGAAAAUGUAUCAAAAAAUAA